CAAAAAAAAAAAGUAAUUAAACCUAGUCAACAAAUUGUAUAGAUUGUUCUAAGAUGAAAAAUAAGGAAAGUAUAAUUUCAACAAACCAGUCAGAUUUCAGCACAGAAUGAAAAUGAAAGAAUAAUACUAAUCAGAUUUUAUUUUUUUACUAAAGAUAGUAAUAAAUUCAUGACUUACAAGAGAAGUUUUAGUCCCUUACACACACACAUAUAUAUACUUGACCCAUAUAAACAAUAAACACAAACGUCCAAAAGCAAAUCCAAAAGUUGAAUCUUAAUUAACGUAUAGGUUGAGAGAAACAAAACGUUCUCCGACGAAGAAAUGGCUUCUUCUUCUCAUUGUUUCUUGAUCGUUUCAGUGGCACUUCUAUUGCAAGUUCUCGUAUCCCCUGUUUCGGCAUUAACCUUAACCUCCACAAAAUACAUCGAUAAACUAUGCCAGAUGCCAUUAGUCGACAGUAAACCCUUCUGUUUGCAAACAUUGAGUGCCUAUCCUCCUGCUGCUUCUGCCACUGGCUUGCUCCCACUUGCGUCAGCCGUGAUCCGCGGCAUUGUCCUACCGCAAGCCAAGAAGUCGGCGAGUUUUGCAGAUGAAGCAGCAAAAAAGGAGCCGAACUUGAAGACACAGUUCCAGACGUGCAAAGAGGCCUAUGAAAGUAUUGGAGAUUCUCUCAUGAGCGCUCUUGAAGAACUCAAGCGCUCUCCAAAUGUCGCAACCUAUGAUGUAAUGACUUGUACCGACCACACAAGCCAAGUGAAGAAUUUGGUCGGUAAAAACAGAGACGUGGCUUCGAAGACUCUCAUAGAGAUGACAAUGCAAAUGGAGAAGCUCCUUCCUCUCGCUCUUGGAUCCACACAAGUUGUUGGCGGGUGAAGACGAAGAUGAUAACAUAUACCAUCGUACUUAUCUUAAUAUAUUAUUAAAA